UGCGCUUGGACGGGGCCAAAAAAGACGACGGCGAUCCGCGGUCGCGCAGGCGAAAAAAGGUACGGUUUAGUACGGAUUGAAAUGCAGGUGGGGGCAGUUUUGGAAACAAUUCGGCAGGCGCCUCAACUUUUACCUUUUACCGUUUCACCGAUACCUCGUCACCAUUGAACUGUUCUUGAACUUGCACGUACCUUUGUAAUUGUCGGCACCCGAACGUUUGCGAUCUGACUUAAUUAUAUCCCUGGCUGUUGAUAGGGAUUAGACCGACCUUUUUUGUCCGAGUAUUUUUUUGUAAUUCUUUGGCUCUUAUUCUUGUUAAAUUAUUGCAAAGUCAGUCUCAACCCCAAAAUGGCGGAAAAGUCGAACCCGUUCCCGACCGUCGAAGAGACGCUCAAGCACCCGGCCUAUCCGACGGCGAUAUGGAAGCUGGUGCCGCACAAAAAAGGCCGCGCGCCCGUCGCCGAGGGCCGUGGGGGUCCGUUCAACAUCGGUUGGGAGAUUCACGGAUCCGGACCUACCAAGCUUGUUAUGAUUAUCGGUCUUGGAUCCUUCUGCGUAGCUUGGCAGUGUCAAACGCUCUACUUUGGUCACGAGAAGGGUGACCAAUAUUCGGUCCUGCUGAUCGACAACAGAGGCAUGGGAAACAGCGACGUCCCGCUGAUGCGCUACUCCACCUCGGGGAUGGCUCUCGACGUGCUCGAGGUGGCCACGCACGUCGGCUGGACCGACCGGCACUCGCUGCACGUCGUCGGCAUCUCGCUGGGCGGCAUGAUCGCGCAGGAGGUGGCCUGCGCCUCGCCCGAGCGCAUCGCCAGCCUCGCGCUGCUCUCCACCGCCGCCGAGAUCCGCAACACCGACUCCUUCCUCGUCAACCUGCAGAACCGCGCCGCCCUGCUCAUCCCCCGCGGCAUCGAGGUCUCGGUCGGCGGCUCCGCCAAGCGCAUAUUCGCCCACGACUGGCUCGAGGCCCCCGACCGCUUCCGCCUCCCCACCAAGGACUCCCCCAAGGUGGAAAUGCCCGAGGGUGGGGAGUAUUUGAGGUUCAACAGCAACUACCAGCGCUUCGUGGCCCAGGAAAUGCACAAACGUCUCGACAAGGAGCGUUUCGGAAGCACGGGAUUUCUGUUGCAGCUGAUUGCAGCGGGCUGGCAUUACAAGAACCGCGAGCAGCUGUCUGAAAUGGCAGACGCCGUCGGUAGGGAUCGCAUCCUGGUGCUGCACGGUACCGUUGACGAGAUGAUCAGCGUCCCCCACGGCAAGAUACUCAUCGAUUUCAUCAAGCCAAAGACCGGCGUGAUCCUGGAGAAUGCGGGCCACGGGAUACCGCUCGAGAGGACAGAGUGGCUCAACAAUUUCCUCGAGGAGCACCUGCAAUCCGUGCUGCAGCUUGACAGCCCCCCGAAGCCUUGAGUGGAAAGAAGGAUUAAUGAAGCAAAGGGGACAGACGGUCUAGGCAGACAGAACAAGGGAGUGGACCUUACAGACGUUGCUUUGAAGCAACCAUGCAGUGUAAUAUUCGUCAAGUUAUGGCAAUGAUAGCUGAUUCAAAUAACCAUCAGACACAAACUUGAAUGUCUCUACGUUUUAUAUGCUAAUGCUAUAAUUCAACUGGG